GCGCGUGGUUUGAGUCGGAGCUCUUUCAAACUUAUUCUUAAUACAUCGUUUAUUCUUGUUAUAUCUUAAGACUUGUGUUUUAAAUUGUUAUUCUCCGAGGGUAAAACAUAUCCUUAAAUAUAUCCCAUACCAAAAAUCGUACUUAAACGCACAGAUAAUUUAUUUUUAUCAGAUCACUCGCUAUUAGCCUCAGGCUGUUAGCAUUCCCAGCCUGCCUGCUUACUGCUUAACACACUGUUCUCAUUAUUAAAUCACUGAUGGCUAAUGUUUCAGAUGUGUCUGUACCUCUGUGUGCAGAUGAGGAAACGAUCGCACUUCAGUCGGAACUGGAGGCUGUGGAGAAGCAGAUCCAGGAUCUACUAGAGAAGCAGUCACGGCUGCGAGAACGAAAAACGGCGCUGGAAACAUCCAGAGCCGACGCUCGCAAAUCCGCGAGCCCAGGCUUCGAGAACACGGUCAGCCCAAAUGAACUUCACUCCUGCACCGGCACAACCACGGCGAAAGGCGCGAGCCAGGACUGGAGCGAUGACCCAACCGCCGCCACCGGUCUUCGAGAUCCCGACCAGGAACCGCUUUGCCGCCCUCUGCGAGACGGAAUGCAACGCUGUGGUCAUCGGAGACUCAAUCGUCCGGAACGUACCUGCGAUCCUGAAGGACGAUGCUAACGUCGGAGCUGUCGUGCUGCACGCGGGGGUGAAUGACGUCAGGAUGAGGCAGUCGGAGAUCCUGAAGAGGGACUUCAGGAGUCUGAUCGAGACGGUACGCAACGCAUCGCCCACGGCGAGGAUCAUCGUAUCAGGGCCGCUUCCUACCUACCGACGAGGGAAUGAAAAGUUCAGUAGACUAUUUGCUCUAAAUAAAUGGUUGAUGUCAUGGUGUAUUGAACAGAAGCUGCUCUUUGUUGAUAAUUUUGAUCUGUUCUGGGAGCGACCUAGGCUCUUCCGCCCUGACGGCCUGCACCCCAGCAGCAUCGGAGCGGUUCUUCUGUCUGACAACAUCUCAAAGACGCUACGCACCGCUUGACUACGUCUCCCAGCGCUGCCAGAGAGCGCUGCCCAGCCGUCGGAGAUGCUGCCCAGCUGCCAGAGAGCGCUGCCCAGCCGCCGACAUCCUGUCCUGUCGACAUCCAGGCCUGCCCAGCCG